UUCUCGAUCACGAAACAAGCUCAACGAGUUCAUUACUUCUGCUUCACGAUCAACACUUAAACCGCCAACAUGACUCGACAUGGCAAGAACAAUACGGCUUCUUCUGUCUUCACCCAUGCUGAGCGUCUCAUGACAGGAAAUGGCUCGAAGAAACAACGGUUCACGGCUCAUUCUAUGGCUGAAUUCGAUUCUUGCCGACUCUGUCUUCACACUGCUCGGGAUCCAAGGGUCGAUGGCGAAGGUCAUCUUUUUUGUCACGAAUGCAUCUUGGAACACAUUCUUAGUCAAAAGAAAGAUCUGAAACGCCAGAAACUUAUAUUGGAACGCAUGCAUGCUGAAGAUGCAGCUCAACGUGAAACUGCUCUACAAGCUGCUCGUCAACGUGUUCUUCAUGAUUUUGAGCGUGCUCAAGCUGGUAUCUCUACUUCUUCAAAACCUGUACCAGUGGAAAAGGACGCGGCGCCACUUCGACCAGAACUCGAUCAACUCGCUACACUUACUACUGAAGCAGAAUGGGCAGCCCUUCGUCAACUUGAACGUGAAGCUGCCGCUGCGAAACGAGCUAAACUCCCUAAUUUUUGGCUUCCUUCACUUACACCAUCAGCUGCUCCUACUCGACCUGGUCCAGCACCCACAGGUCAACUCAAACCGCUUUGCCGGGUUAGCAAUCGAGAUGGUAACAAUCGUGCCCAUCCGGUUCGACUCACUGAUUUAGUAGCAGUACAUUUUCUUGCCGAGUCAUCAGCCGAUACACAACCACAGAGUAGUAGUAGCUCAGGCGCGACGAAACGUAAAUGUUGCGCUGGUUGUCGUAAAGGAUUUAACAAGAACACUAAGAUGGCAGUCGCAAAACCUUGUGGACAUGUCGUAUGCUUGACUUGUGUUACUACGCUCAUCAAAGGUACUACACCAAAUCGAUGCCCUAGUUGCGAUAAAGAAGUUGAAGAGACUAUUGAACUUGAGCGAGAAGGCACAGGAUUUGCAGCUGGUGGUCUAGCUGAAGCUACCAAGUUCGACGUGGCCUUUCAAGGAUAGGAUUCGGACCACUUGCUUACAUAGCAUAGGACUAAUCAUCAGCCAACUACAUGGAUCUCCGGCAUCUUUUCAAAACUUGAGAGGAAAAGUGCGCUAUCAACCCUUUCGGCUGUUGCACUGAAGCCUCAUGAUGUCCCAACUAUACAAUUGACGGAAAGAGAAAACAUGGGUUUACUUGCAGGGUAUAGCCAUAGGUUAGUGUUCAGCGAUGGCAUCUUUGGACUCUUCCACACUCAACUGGUGAGAUGGUGCUGUAUGAUCUAAAAUCAUCAGGAAGAUGAAAGUGGUUAACUUUCACUGUAAUGGUAUCUAUUUGAAGGUUAGAUCUUGUAAUUCGCAAUGUACCCCACACACUUUUUGUCUUUG